CCCCAGGUUCAGCCCGUCCGCCCCGCCCUCACUUCGCUCUGGUUUACAUGUUGUUCUGCGUUCGUUAUAUGGUUUGUUGUCAAUAAUACUGUAAAUUUUUGCAAAAACUGGCGGGGUAAAAAUGCCUUUGUUUGAGGGGCUGGGAACAGGAGGCGAAAAGACAGCUGUUGUCGUCGACUUAGGAGCAGCCUAUACAAAAUGUGGUUUUGCCGGGGAAUGUGGGCCAAGAUGCAUUAUUCCAAGUGAAAUUCAAAGGCCGGGAUCUACACAGCCAGUUAAAGUGGUCCAGUACAAUGUUAACACAGAAGAGUUGUUCUCCCUCCUCAAGGACUUCAUUCACAUGCUGUAUUUUAGACACUUACUGGUGAAUCCUCGGGAUCGAAGAGUUGUGAUCAUUGAGUCAGUUUUGUGUCCCUCACAUUUCAGAGAAACACUAACUAAAGUUUUCUUCAGACAUUUCGAGGUUCCUUCUAUUCUUUUUGCUCCAAGUCAUCUUAUGUCUCUUCUAACUCUUGGAAUAAAUUCUGCAAUGGUGAUGGACUGCGGUUAUACAGAGACUCUUGUUCUCCCAGUUUAUGAAGGAAUCCCUAUUUUAUCAUUGUGGGAAGCUCUACCUUUGGGUGGAAAAACAAUCCACAAGGAGCUAGAGAGCAUGCUGGUUGAGCAGUGUACUGUAGACACUGACUCUGCCAAUGGCCAAAGUCUGCCAUCUGUCAUGGGUUCCAUUUCAGAAAGCAUCAUUGAAGACAUUAAAGUGCGUACAUGUUUUGUUAGUGAUCUUCACCGGGGGCAGAACAUCCAAAAGGCCAAGUUCAAUCUUGAUGGGACAGCACAGCGUCCAGAUCCACCUCCAGAUGUGGAUUAUCCACUGGACGGAGAAAAAAUUCUACACAUCAAGGGAUCAAUCAGAGAUUCUGUAAUUGAGAUCCUCUUUGAACAAGACAAUGAGGAGAAAUCAAUUGCCACUUUAAUCCUGGACUCUCUUAUUAAGUGUCCAAUAGACACACGGAAGACUCUGUCAGAAAACCUUGUAAUAAUUGGUGGCACAGCAAUGCUGCCUGGAUUUCAACAUCGUCUCCUUGCUGAAAUCCGAGCUUUGAAGGAAAAACCCAAAUAUAAACCGUCCCUAUCAAAUAAAACCUUCCGCAUUCAUAGCCCACCAGCCAAACCAAACUGCACUUCCUGGCUUGGAGGGGCUAUAUUUGGCUCAUUACAGGACAUCCUUGGGAGCCGUUCGAUAUCUAGAGAUUAUUAUAAUCAGAUAGGUCGUAUUCCUGACUGGUGUUCCCUCAGCUCUCCUCCACCAGAAAGUGUCUAUGAUCCCGGCAAAACUCCACCUCCACUGAUGAAGAGAGCUUUCUCAACAGAGAAGUGACGUGAAUGGAGGCAUGAAGAACUAAGCAAAGAUGCUUCAGUUUGAGUGUUGUUUUAUUGACUUUCCAGUUUGUACUUCAUUUGUUUUUGAGCAUCUAAACAAUAAAGUAAUAUCUUGUGUUAUUGAAGUAAGCUGAAGUCGUCUGAUGAAACACAAAGAAGGCAACUCAAACUAAGUGGACAAAUCCUCGUAUCACUUUUCCAUAGUUUUAACUGAGACCAUAAUUUUCCUCUUGGUAAACCUGCUCUAUAUUUAAUGAAGGUUAAUGUCAUGUUUAACUUUUCUUAAAUAGCACCUGACCUGCACUUUUUUUUUCCCAGUGUAAUUAUAAUAUUGCAAUGAGUCGUCACCGAGAAGACAGCAAAACAUUUAGCUUGGUUCAAUCGCAGUUCAAAUGUUUUAAGUUUUUACAAAUUAACUGGGCCUUCACAUUAACAUGUUAUGCCUGUAUUUUUUCCACAGUUGCUCAUGUGUAUGCUUUUUUAAAGAUGUUUUCUGUUACUUUUGAAGUUCCUACUUAGAUUAUAUUAAAUAACAAACUUAAAAUCAAUCAAAGUGCAUUUUAAAUAGAAUCUUUCAAGGAGCCCACCUAUUCAACAUGCUUUUCAAACACAUAACAAAUAACUAAAAGUAAAAAGGCACAUCCUUGGGAAAUAAAAAAAAGAGAGAGAGAAAAAAUAGAAAAAAUUCACUGAAAAUAUAGUAGAAGACGACUAACAUUUUUAUAUACAGUAAUAUCUUCCUAUAGUUACUAGUGUCAAGGGAUUUUACAAUUACAGUAAUUGCUUCAGUCUCUUAAUUUUAUCACAUUAAUGAGUGUAAUAAUUUGUAAUUUUGAUUGUGUUUACGUUAACUUUAUGAGCCUAAAAUGAUAAAAACCAUACAGGGAACCUUUGACUGGAAUAGCUAAGUAACAAAUAGAGUGUUAUUUAUUAAGCAUGUCACAGCAGCUGCAGUUUGGAGUGUUGAGACUAAUUUCCAUUUUUCUCCUUGUGCAGCAUUUUCUCUGGGAUUGUGUCAAUUCAAAACUGCUAUCUGCAUGUGGCUGCUGUGGGACCAUUGCUCUUCGUAUGUUAAGUUAAAGAUAUCCAAACCUCAUUUGACAUUUUCAGUUCUCUGCACUCUGCAAAGACUGAGAACGCACCACAUUUUAUAAUACCAGAAUAAAACAAAACCAUACAACAUUUACGCAAAUAAAAGACAUAUCAAAGUUAAUCAAGAAUUAAGAUCAUUAGCAUAAGAUAUUUUAACUACAUUCAUAGAGAAAAUAAACCUUGAGUAACUGUAUGGGGGAUUUGGGGGGCCAUCAAUGAUUACUUGUAGUAGACAAAGGUAAAAUUUUCCUGAUUCACCUGUAGCUUUUUAUAAUUUCAUAAGCACUUACUGUAGUCCACCACUGUAUAAACUAAAGUGAGAUAGUGUGGUGUUGAGUCAAUAAACUCUGAAUAAUCAUGUUUGGAGUAUCUCUGACUUUUCAUUUCAUUGAACAGGAGAAUCAGUUUUACAAACGAGCAUUGCAAAAAGUGUUACAAGAGAAUAGUAAAAGAACAGAAACAAAAUAGAAGGGGCUCAGUAACAAUAAUGAUAUAGAGGCCUUUAGUGUUGAGUGAAAAAACAAGCAGUUCCUGUUUGAGCAACUUGUUCCCCUUCUCUAAUAAGGUUAUGGUAUAAUGUGCAUUUGGCUGAGCCCACUGGGACGUCCUAACAUGCAAAUCGUUCCAAUGUUUGGGGACCAUGGGGUUUAAAUGCAGCUACUGCAGGUUAAAAAUAAUUUCUAGUGUAUUUAUGACUUGUUAGGCUACUUGUAUCCGGUUUAUUUUGGUUUUCAUUUAAAGUACAUUAUCUUUAAUAUGCUCUUUGAGUGCUUAACACACAUGACAGUUGGAAAGCCACAUGAGAUUGAAAAUUUCAAGACAACUCUUAAGUUAUCCUGGUACAAAGAAAACAUAAACUAACACGUUCUUUGAAUUUACAACAAUGGCAAAAAAAUCUUCAGUUUUUAUUUUAGUUAGUGUUUCAGGAGCAGAAGUACUACUAUUGAGGGAAAGUAGCUGUUUGUUAGAUUGAAGGCUGUAAUUUUUUUUUUAUUUUUUUUGCUGUGUCCAAAGCUACCCGUUACAUAAAUGGAUGUAUCCCAGUCCAUUUUCUGUAAACUGCAUUCGGUGCAGUUUCUUUAAAGCCUGUUUAAAUAAAGUUCACUUCAUGUUGUUAAUGAAA